UUGGUGUCACUCCUAUUUUCCUUUACAAUACUUUGAGACUGCAACUAGUGUAAGAUAGACAGAUGGAGUUACGUUGCUAAGGAGAAAGUUCAUUUCCUUUGCCAAUUUUAUAUCUUCUGUUUGGCAAAUCUUGAAGGAGGUACAACCAAGAUCCAACUAAGAUAUAAAAUUAGGGAAUAGAAAAGAUUAUCUUUUGUUUCUUGUGACAGCAAUGAGCAAUCAUUAAUACUCCUACACAAAAAAAUAAAUGAAAAGAAAAUAGAAAAUAGUGGUAGGGCAAAGACCAAAGUUGUUCUUAGUCCAACAAAGAAAAAAGAGAACGCUGACUUUUUAGCUUUCCAAGAAUUUACUUCGAAAGGAGACAGCAGGAAUUUUAUUGGGUUUUGUCUUGUCUUGAUUAUCGGUAAAAACCCGUGAACUUGUGAGAUGCGUGCUUAACCCUUUUCCAUAUGCCACUUCCUUUCCUGUUUUCCACCAAACCAAAUGUCUUCCUUUCGUUUUCUACCAAUGGAAAAAGAAUAACACAAACUGCCUUGGUUCUUUUACUUCAUUCGCUUACAAAGAUUAGUCGAUUCGCUAAUUUGAAUUCGCUUCAAGAUAUUUAACAAUUUUUAGAAACACAAAAAGUGAUUGAUCAAUCUUUAUAAAAAAAUUAUUUUUACUAUUCCAAUUUCUAAAUUAGUUAGAGAACUAAGAGAGACAUUUACGCACAUACUUUAAUGACUUUUUCACCUUGAUUAAGGCUAUUAAAUGUGGGAAAACUUGAAAAAGUAGAUAAUAUGAAUGGAAAGUAGUACUACUAUGUUUUCAAUUUUAAAAUACAGUGCUUCAUAUCAUCGUUUCCCCAACUACUACUCCAAGAAAAUAUUGGGAAUGCCUUAAAAAGAAAAAAAAAAAGAUUGGUUGUUCAAGAUUACAUGCGUAUAAUUUGAACUCUUUUGCUGAUAAAGACAAGUUAAUGUCAACUAUUGUGGUUCUAGUCUCUGUUUUGCCUUGAUGGUUCACCUAGUUACAUCAUCAAAAUUGAGAUAUCCUCAUGGAAUGUAGCAAUAUCCUCAUGGAAUGUAGCAACUGCACUACACAAGUGACCAAGACCCACUCAUGUCUAGUGGAGCAUUAUUAUCCAGUUGUAGUUACAAGAGAGAAAUAAUUAUCAAUUUGUAGUUGUUACCUGGCCAGAACAUUGCCACAAUCAUUGGUAGGUCCAAGCUUAGGCAUGUUUUAUUGCGACUUUUUUGGUUGUCAGGGCAUAAGUACCUUCACCUUUGGCCUUAGCCAAAUCUACCCAAAAAAACAAAAGCUCAAAAAAAGAAAACUAAAAGGCAUUGCUUUGCUAUAAAAGCUUCUGACAACCGUUACCAACUUGUUACUCAUAUUUAUUAUGGAAAAUAAAGGGUAUUCCACUAUAGCUUUUGAUUAUCUAUAACUUUCAAGACUGAUAGACUUUGUCACUUUUCUUUGUUGCUUUAUAUCUUUUCCCCCUCAGGAUUAUGGGGUUACUUUAUUCCUCUAUCGAACCACUUACCUUGUGGAUAUAGUAAGAGAGAAAAUUGGAAGGGUAUUGAAAUUGGAUUCCAUUCAACAAGGUGAUGCUUGGAAAGGAAUGGAUAUGCUAAUUUUCAAUUCUUGGCAUUGGUGGACUCACAAGGGCAACUCUCAACCAUGGGAUUAUGUGGAAGAUGGUUCAAAGGUAACCAAAGAUAUGGACCGUUUGAUGGCAUUUUACAAGGGUCUAACUACUUGGGGAAGAUGGGUUGACCGAAAUGUUGACUCCUCCAAGACCAAAGUCUUCUUCCAGGGAAUUUCUCCAACUCAUUAUAUGGGUACGGAAUGGGGAGGAUCAACAAAGAAUUGUAACUCAGAGAAAAUGCCAUUAGCAGGGUCAACAUAUCCAGCAGGGACACCAGCAUCUGCAGUUGUAGUUAACAAAGUAUUAAAUAGGAUGAAAACAGCAGUUUACCUCCUUGAUAUCACGUUUCUCUCCCAAUUAAGGAAAGAUGCUCAUCCAUCAGUUUACAGCGGCGAUCACCCUGGUGUUGAUUGCAGCCAUUGGUGUCUCCCCGGACUACCUGAUACUUGGAACCAGCUUCUCUACGCAGCUCUGAUUAUGUAUUUGAAGACCAUCGGCUGAAAACAGCGAGCAAUCAGGUGCACAUGGCAAUCAUUGGCGCAGUCCUGGACUUCUUAAUAAUUGGAGCCAGCUUCUUUGUGCUGCAAUUCUUCUCUGAAGAUGAAGAAUUCAAAUUAUUUUUUAUUGCCCAUAGUUUGUUUCUUUUCAUAGGUAUUGGUCUGUGUAUUAUAGGGGCCUAGGCUCGACUGUGAAAAUAUUGAUUCAAGGACAUACAAUAGCUUUCAGAUGUAAUAAGCACUGUGAUUGGGGAGUAGGGGUGCAUAGGAGUGCUGAUAAUUUUCAGCUACUAGCUUGAAGUUUAUUUUCAUUUUAUUAAGCAAUUAUGAAUAAAAGCAGAUUUCCUCUGCUUAUUUAUGGAUUUAA